CCCCACCAAGGAUAAGUUUUUUCUCUCUCUUUCUCUUUUCACUGUUAUGAAAUAUUGAGAAUAAGAAAAAAAUGGCGCAAUGUCAAUGGCAACCAAACUUUCAGAGUAUUUCAAGAACAUUGAAGAAAGAUAUUGCUUGGAAAUGCAAAGGCUUAGAACCAUACACAGUUUCCAUUAACAGAAGUAGAGGAACUUGUAAAAAAAGAUUGCAAAUUGCACAAUUUUGUAGUAGUUCUUUUCCAGUUUCAUUAAUAACAAGAGAAGAAGAAGUGGGGUUGAAGUCAAGAAAACAAAGAGGAAAUUAUGAAGUAGAGUGUUUUGUGAAUGACGAGAAUGGAUGGAAAGUGAGAAGAAUGAUUGAAACUGAAGAAGAAAUGAGGAAUGUUGCUUUUGUUCAAGCUGAAGCAUUUCAUGAACCUGUCUUCAUGUUCAAUGAUAUGUUCUUUGAAUUCUUUCAGGCUGAAGUACUUUCGGGACUUCUUUACAGACUGAAGAAUUCUCCACCGGACAGGUAUGCAUGUUUAGUUGCGGAGGCCUCAAGUGACACUUCUGAGGUAGAACAAAAUCUUGUAGGAGUCGUUGAUGCUACAGUGUAUAGAGAUAAUGAUGUUCUUCAGUACCUUCCUGGAGCAGCCGAAUAUAUCUAUAUUUCUGGGAUCGGUGUAUUGAACAAAUUCAGGAGGCAGAAAGUUGCAACUGCUUUGCUUAAGGCCUGUGACGUGCUUGCAAGAUUUUGGGGUUUUGACUAUCUAGUCCUAAGGGCUUACGAGGAUGAUUUUGGUGCUCAGCAAUUGUAUACAAAUGCGGGUUAUAAAGUAGUUUCAGGUGAUGCUCCAUGGAAGACAAAGUGGAUUGGUCGAAGAAGACGAGUUCUGUUGAUUAAACAGGUCUCGCAUGAAUCAACUUACAUCCAUUGAAUUCUUUUUAUCAGUUCCAUAUCAAAUUAGUCAUUCAAAAAUACAAAAGUAGAAUUCCGCAAAUCAAUAUAAAGUGUACAAAACUGUAUCGACUGAUAUUCAGCAAAGAAUAUUUCCUGAAUCUUGUGAAUAUUUCCUUUAUCUAGAGUUAAAUAGCUGACUGCUCUGCUAUUCUAUCCCAAUAUCAAGUACCUUAACCAGA